UUAAAAAAAACGAAAGAUGCUUAAAAUUUCUACGAGAGGAUCUUAAAGAACAAUUUUUUUUUAAAAAAGUUGUUAGAAACUGUUAGGAUCAGAGACUAAAAAUGGCAGUCACGUGGUUGGGUAAACUUGGUCACGUGUGUCUUCUCAUCACGACGUUGACGUCAGCGUUGGCGCAGACGAGAAAAAAUAUAAUAUUCAAUUUUCUAGAGGAGUCCAAACCGGACACUCUGAUAGGCAACGUGGCUGAGGAGAGCGGGCUGAGAAAUGAGGUCACGCCGGAAGUGUUUGCCGGGCUCAAGUACCAGAUCCUCAGCUCCGACGGGCUGCGGAUCUCCUCCCUCUUCACCAUCAACAGCAACACCGGCGCCCUCUUCACCAACGCCAAGAUCGACAGGGAGCAAGUCUGCGACACGUCUGCCCUCACUUGCCAGCUGCAGUUUGACGUCACGGUGAAAUCCGACGUUUUGGUGAUCAAGAUUCUGAACGUGGUUGUCGUUAUUGAAGACAUCAACGACAACGCACCCUCCUUCCCGAAAGACAACCUGCAGUUAAAUAUUUCUGAAAGCGCGCCGAUCGGAACUGAGAUGUCACUUUCCGGCGCCAUCGAUAAAGACGUGGGGUUAAAAUCUGUAAUUACGUAUUGGAUGAACAAAAACGAGGUGUUUGACCUACGAGAGGAGAAGCUUCUAGACUUUUCUAUCCUGAAGUUGGUGCUGCGACAGAACCUUGACCGCGAGACUAGAAGCCUGUACAACUUUCUCAUCUACGCCAAGGACGGUAACUCUAGCUCGGCGCUGACAGGAACUCUAGCAGUGACAGUUAACGUUCUUGACGUCAAUGACAACAGCCCGCAGUUCAACUCCACGGCGUUUAACUUCACCGUCCAAGAAACCGCAGACAUUGGCACUCUUGUCGGCGUCAUCAGCGCCAGCGAUAAAGACGCCGACGAGAACGGAAAAGUCUCUUACCAGUUCAGCUCUCUCACCUCCAGCAAAGUCCUGCAGACUUUUAACCUUGACCCAACUUCCGGCGCCAUCACGGUCAAGGUCAGUCUGUUAUACGAAUCCCUGGAGAAGUUUCAAGCCGUGGUUGAGGCUAAAGACCAGGGAAGUCCAGCUAGGACGUCUCAGGCCGUGCUGAUCAUCAAUGUCUUAGACGUCGGCAACACCCCGCCCAAACUUUUCCUCACCCUCGCUGACCCCCUGCAGCAGACCCGCACCGUCCUUUCAGAAAACCUCCCCGUGGGGUCCUUCAUCGGGACCCUCAAGUACCUGGACAACGACGACGGGGAUAACGGGUUGGUCAGCUGUGUCAGCACGUCUCCGCAGUUCGUCCUACAGCCGCUUGAGGAGCACGGGUUCGCUAUAGAGAUCCAGAGCGCGCUAGACAGAGAGGCCCAGCAAGAGAUGAUCGUGGUUCUCAAAUGCUCGGACAUGGGAUCCCCCAGCUUGACCUCAUCGGUUAACUUUACCGUAAACCUUCUAGACGUGAACGAUAACAGCCCGGUGUUUAUUAACUCCCCGUACACGGUACACGUCAAAGAAAACGUCGAAAAACUUGCAAACAUUCUGAAAGUCAGCGCAGGCGAUGCGGACGAAGGUAUAAACGGAGAUUUCAAAUUCCAGCUUUCUGUGAACUCCAGCAAUGCUUUCACCAUCGACCCAUUCACCGGGUGGGUUUCCCUGCAAGCACCUGUAGACCGGGAGGUCUCUGACGUCAUACGCCUGACCGUUCUAGCUACUGACCUGGGAACCCCACCGAUGACCGGAAGCGGAACUGUUUUAAUUUACGUCGAUGACGUCAACGACAACCAACCGGAAAUUGUCCGGAACGAGUACAGUGUCCGAGAAAACCAAAACCCCGGAACUUUUGUGGCGCAGAUUGUGGCGUCAGACAAGGACGACGGCAUCAACGCCGUGUGCAAGUUCCGUUUGAUCACCGAUCCUUCCGGAAGCUUCGCCGUCUCGGAGUCAGGAGUCAUCACGACCAGCAAAUCCUUUGACCGGGAGUCAGUUGACCAUUACCUCAUCACCGUCAUGGUCCAGGACUCCGGUACGCCCUCCUUCAGCUCCACUUCCACCCUCACCAUCGUCGUCGCCGACGACAACGACCACACCCCACAAUUUCUCUACCCCGUCCCAGGGAACGAUUUCAUCAACAUCAGCGCCAGCCUCUCCCCCGGGUCCAUCAUAGCUAAGGCCGUCGCCGUGGACGGGGACACCGAUCAGAACGCUAGGCUCCUGUACAUUAUCGUCGAAGGCAACCCGCUUAACAUUUUCAACAUCGACAACUCAACAGGCACCAUCUUCAUCAACAAACCCAUGACAGAAAGCCGGGAGACAGAAUACAGACUAACAAUAUCCGUUCAAGAUGGCGGCAGCCCUCGCCUUUACAAUGACAGUUUCCUGUUUAUCAAGAUCGACUACACCAACGUAACCGUUUUAAGCGAGAUGGCUAGCAUGGACCAAAAAUACGUCAUCAUCGCUGGCAUCAUCGCCGGGAUAACCUUCAUCAUCGCCGUUAUCGUUGUCGUUAUUAUCCUAAUCCUGAGACGCACCGAUCAAGCUAGGUGUCCCGAAGCUGCAUACAAAAGCAAAGACCCUCCGCAUAGACACAGCCCCUUGUCAAAGGAAAUUCCCGAACUGAAUCUCAAUGGCGUGCACGACUUCAAGAUCCGCAGCCCCGACAAGGAGGUGGAAUUCCCGUUUAGUGGACAGAAAGGUGCGGACACCAACACGUCCUUUGAUUGCCAUCAGAAGCUCUCCGGUAAUCAGCCAUCAGGCAUGAACCUGGACACUUUCUUUCUAGAGGGACGACCAAGGUUCACCAGCGAAGACAUCCGGAGCGACACUUCCGGUGAUACAGUUGCCAGCGACAGUGGUCGAGGCACCAGCGACCGUAGUGCCAGCGACACCGAGGAAGUCUCUCCUACAGGAUCCCCUCCAGUUCCAUACAACUCUGGUAUGAUCAACCUACCCCGUGUACCCCCAAGAGACCCGGUAGCGUUUGGACCCCCAGCUACCAACCAGCACACCACCUUCGGCUACCCCUACCCCAGCGACGCCGCCCAGUACAAAAACGACCUGGCCCGGGCCAACCGGAUGUACGGCUCCUACAACGACUUCAACAAGCCCAGAAAAAUGCCCAGCAAAGUCCGCUUCUCCGACGACGAAGCCAGUAUGGACCGGUCUAGGGAGAUCCAGCAUCCGGUGACCCACAACCCUGUGACCCUUAACCCCGCCGCCAACCAAUCCCAACAGGCGUUUGAUAACAAGAAAUUAAAUUCUUACAUCAACACUCAAAAACAAACCCCUGGGUACGGGGUUCUUUUCCCACCUCUUGCCAACCCGUCUCAGCCAAUGAGGCCGCAGUAUUUAACAUCACGUGACAACAACAGCCAACCAAACACGAUUAAGGUGCCUUUAAGCCGGGACGCCAUCGCCAAACACGACCGGCUCCAGAACAGCAGCAGCAGCAACAGCAAACCACGCCCCCCAGCUGCGCAGAACAGUUAUCCUCUGCUGACGCAGCACCAGCAGUACACGCAUGCGCACCACCGGUUGUCCACGCUGAACCACAGCAUGGAUGAGGAGGACGACGAUGGUUCCACGACCACUUCCGGCAGCUACGCUAUUGAUGAACGCCUUAACGGUUCUGUGGAGUGUUAGCCCGUCUAAAAAUAGACGGUCACGUGUUAGUCAACCUAUAAAUAGUUAUCUAUAAAUAAAUGUUAGUCAUGUGUGAGUGCUGUUUGUCUGAGUACUUGAUACAUGUUUAACUUGUUAUUCAUUUUGGAAAGAAGUUAAGAAGUACUGAGUAAGUAAAGUACUCAGUCAUUAAUUGUAUAUCAAAAUCUAGCAUCAACUCGUAUGUGUACCUUGUAUGUGUACCUUGUAUGUGUACCUUGUGUGCCCGGUGUUCAGAUGUUCAUUCAUCAGAUGUUCAUUCACGUGUCUUGCAUGUCUGUCUUGUUGUAUUCAUGUGUCCCUCUGUGUUCAUGUACAUCCCAGUUACUGUGUGUCUUGAGACUAUGAUAUUCUACACUUUCCAACAAGUCCAAUUUGCUGUGUUGGUUGAUAUGCUAGUAUGGUGUAAUAACAUAUCUUAAAAUUUUGGUUGUUCUUUAUACUUUUAUUAUACGUGUUUUAUAAUUGCUUUUUGUUUUGCCUGUGAAAAUAAUAUUUAUAAUCGUUUUAUAUGAGACGUAUGUUAAAUUGCUACUUAAUAUUUCGCAUAUUGAUAUAUUGUUUUCGCUUAUUUAUCAACCAACAUAUGAAACUACUUGUGGGGUUAUAGAGCGAGUAGUAACUAACUAACUCUUUAUCUAAAACACGAGUCCACUAGCAACAUGGAGCUUAAAGGCUCCAUAGAAACGCACGUAAAAGGUUUUACAGAUGUGUUAGUUAUUUCCCUUGUUUUUUUUUCUUAAUAACCUCCCUUGCUUUUUUCUGUUAAAAUUCAGUCAUUUUUCGUUGUUGCAUUUAAAAUGUUGUUACUAUUAAAGAUAUGUAUAAUAAGAUGGUGAUUGGGUGAGAGAAUUAUGUUGACAUACUUGAGCGAAUUUGGGGUUGAAAUUGUAUGUGUGAUUAUUUUGAGAAACGAGUUAUGCGAUGUUGUAGUAGUAUACCUGAAUGUGGGCUAAGUUAAUGUAGAAAUGUAAAUAUGGGUUGAAGCUGGGUAUAUGAAUAAGCGCUGUGAUUGAGAAUGUUAAAUGAGAUGAAUGAAUGCAUGCAAGAUAGCAUCCUGGUUUACGUAAAAUAUUCUUCAAUUUUGCAUUAUUAAAUCACAUUUUUUUUUUUGCAAUAGUACUUAAAUGAUUGAUCACAACAUUGCUUGUUUUAGUUUCAAAAGCACACGUUGCUAGAUAUAUAUUUAUAGCCAACAACUAACAGACACUUUACAGCAAUGUUGUACACCAAUGCCUUGUCACUUUUACAGUAAAACUGUCUCAAAAUGCCAUCACAUAUUCAUUGAACCUGAUAUUCAGAUUCUUGUACUAAUGUUAAUUAAAUUAAUAAAUUUAAAAAAAAUGUAAAUAUGUGACAUUAAAAUAAAGUGUGUACAUAUUUGUAUACACAUUUAGUUUGACAUCAAAUAAUUAAAAACAUCGUGUACAUAAAUAAUACCUUAAGCAUGUUUGCUGUAUUAUAUAAAUAUAAAUUUCUGAUGUUUCAUACUGUAAAUAUAUAAUGUGUAGUACUUAGCUUCUCUAUUAAUUAAUACACAAAAAAUGAAUGUAAUACAGUAUUGUUGAGCCUGUAUGUGAAACCUUAUUUACUUGACCUACUGGCUUUGUUAUUAAAAUAUGAUCCAAA